AUGUGGCAAGCCAUCGUCGUUCUCCUGUUAACGGCUUCUCUGAAUAUCGUCCGCUCAAUCGAUAUCUGUGAGAGUUAUGAAGACUCGGAAGAAUUUGGUUACUCUUCCAGUAGUUCCAAAAGUGAAGCUUCAAGUUUCUCGACAAGUGAAAAUGAAGCUUUUGAACAAACUUACUCUGGAGGGAACGUCGCCAACUCCGCUAACAGCUAUUUGGAUUCCGAAAUUGAUAGUUAUUCAAGACAGAGUAGUCAGUUAGAAGAACAUUCUGAAAGUCAAAAAUAUAAUUCAUAUGCAAGAAAUAUUGGUACCAGAUCUCAUUAUAAAGACAUAGGCUACCAUACUCCAAAAGGACGCAGUCUUGGCAAUUAUAUAAGCUCCUCUGGUGGCUACUCUGGAAAUACUGCUAAUACAGGUACAGGUGGAUCUACUGCAAGCAGCGAUUCUAAUAGCUACGCCAACAGUAAUGCCGAAACUGGAAAUAAUGGCGGCAACGCGGGAAGCAGCUCAGGAAGUAACUCAUUUGGCUCCGCAAUCAUUAAAAAUGGACCUACGAAAGCUAGUAGCGGUUCAGGCAGCAACUCUAAUUCUUUUGUGAGCAGCAACAAAGGUGGUAAUACUGCAGGCAGCUCCUCUGGUGGCUACUCUGGAAGUACUGUUAAUACAGGUACAGGUGGAUCUACUGCAAGCAGUGAUUCUAAUAGCUACGCCAACAGUAAUGCCGAAACUGGAAAUAAUGGCGGCAACGCGGGAAGCAGCUCAGGAAGUAACUCAUUUGGCUCCGCAAUCACUCAAAAUGGACCUACAAAAGCUAGUAGCAGUUCAGGCAGCAACUCUAAUUCUUUUGUGAGCAGCAACAAAGGUGGUAAUACUGCAGGCAGCUCCUCUGGUGGCUACUCUGGAAGUACUGCUAAUACAGGUACAGGUGGAUCUACUGCAAGCAGCGAUUCUAAUAGCUACGCCAACAGUAAUGCCGAAACUGGAAAUAAUGGCGGCAACGCGGGAAGCAGCUCAGGAAGUAACUCAUCUGGCUCCGCAAUCAAUAAAAAUGGUCCAACGAAAGCUAGUAGCGGUUCAGGCAGCAACUCUAAUUCUUUUGUGAGCAGCAACAAAGGUGGUAAUACUGCAGGCAGCUCCUCUGGUGGCUACUCUGGAAGUACUGCUAAUACAGGUACAGGUGGAUCUACUGCAAGUAGCGAUUCUAAUAGCCACGCCAACAGUAAUGCCGAAACUGGAAAUAAUGGCGGCAACGCGGGAAGCAGCUCAGGAAGUAACUCAUCUGGCUCCGCAAUCACUCAAAAUGGACCUACGAAAGCUAGUAGCAGUUCAGGCAGCAACUCUAAUUCUUUUGUGAGCAGCAACAAAGGUGGUAAUACUGCAGGCAGCUCCUCUGGUGGCUACUCUGGAAGUACUGCUAAUACAGAUACAGGUGGAUCUACUGCAAGUAGCGAUUCUAAUAGCUACGCCAACAGUAAUGCCGAAACUGGAAAUAAUGGCGGCAACGCGGGAAGCAGCUCAGGAAGUAACUCAUCUGGCUCCGCAAUCACUCAAAAUGGACCUACGAAAGCUAGUAGCAGUUCAGGCAGCAACUCUAAUUCUUUUGUGAGCAGCAACAAAGGUGGUAAUACUGCAGGCAGCUCCUCUGGUGGCUACUCUGGAAGUACUGCUAAUACAGGUACAGGUGGAUCUACUGCAAGUAGCGAUUCUAAUAGCUACGCCAACAGUAAUGCCGAAACUGGAAAUAAUGGCGGCAACGCGGGAAGCAGCUCAGGAAGUAACUCAUCUGGCUCCGCAAUCAAUAAAAAUGGUCCAACGAAAGCUAGUAGCGGUUCAGGCAGCAACUCUAAUUCUUUUGUGAGCAGCAACAAAGGUGGUAAUACUGCAGGCAGCUCCUCUGGUGGCUACUCUGGAAGUACUGCUAAUACAGGUACAGGUGGAUCUACUGCAAGUAGCGAUUCUAAUAGCUACGCCAACAGUAAUGCCGAAACUGGAAAUAAUGGCGGCAACGCGGGAAGCAGCUCAGGAAGUAACUCAUCUGGCUCCGCAAUCACUCAAAAUGGACCUACGAAAGCUAGUAGCGGUUCAGGCAGCAACUCUAAUUCUUUUGUGAGCAGCAACAAAGGUGGUAAUACUGCAGGCAGCUCCUCUGGUGGCUACUCUGGAAGUACUGCUAAUACAGGUACAGGUGGAUCUACUGCAAGUAGCGAUUCUAAUAGCUACGCCAACAGUAAUGCCGAAACUGGAAAUAAUGGCGGCAACGCGGGAAGCAGCUCAGGAAGUAACUCAUCUGGCUCCGCAAUCAAUAAAAAUGGUCCAACGAAAGCUAGUAGCGGUUCAGGCAGCAACUCUAAUUCUUUUGUGAGCAGCAACAAAGGUGGUAAUACUGCAGGCAGCUCCUCUGGUGGCUACUCUGGAAGUACUGCUAAUACAGGUACAGGUGGAUCUACUGCAAGUAGCGAUUCUAAUAGCUACGCCAACAGUAAUGCCGAAACUGGAAAUAAUGGCGGCAACGCGGGAAGCAGCUCAGGAAGUAACUCAUCUGGCUCCGCAAUCAAUAAAAAUGGUCCAACGAAAGCUAGUAGCGGUUCAGGCAGCAACUCUAAUUCUUUUGUGAGCAGCAACAAAGGUGGUAAUACUGCAGGCAGCUCCUCUGGUGGCUACUCUGGAAGUACUGCUAAUACAGGUACAGGUGGAUCUACUGCAAGUAGCGAUUCUAAUAGCUACGCCAACAGUAAUGCCGAAACUGGAAAUAAUGGCGGCAACGCGGGAAGCAGCUCAGGAAGUAACUCAUCUGGCUCCGCAAUCAAUAAAAAUGGUCCAACGAAAGCUAGUAGCGGUUCAGGCAGCAACUCUAAUUCUUUUGUGAGCAGCAACAAAGGUGGUAAUACUGCAGGCAGCUCCUCUGGUGGCUACUCUGGAAGUACUGCUAAUACAGAUACAGGUGGAUCUACUGCAAGUAGCGAUUCUAAUAGCUACGCCAACAGUAAUGCCGAAACUGGAAAUAAUGGCGGCAACGCGGGAAGCAGCUCAGGAAGUAACUCAUCUGGCUCCGCAAUCACUCAAAAUGGACCUACGAAAGCUAGUAGCAGUUCAGGCAGCAACUCUAAUUCUUUUGUGAGCAGCAACAAAGGUGGUAAUACUGCAGGCAGCUCCUCUGGUGGCUACUCUGGAAGUACUGCUAAUACAGGUACAGGUGGAUCUACUGCAAGUAGCGAUUCUAAUAGCUACGCCAACAGUAAUGCCGAAACUGGAAAUAAUGGCGGCAACGCGGGAAGCAGCUCAGGAAGUAACUCAUCUGGCUCCGCAAUCACUCAAAAUGGACCUACGAAAGCUAGUAGCAGUUCAGGCAGCAACUCUAAUUCUUUUGUGAGCAGCAACAAAGGUGGUAAUACUGCAGGCAGCUCCUCUGGUGGCUACUCUGGAAGUACUGCUAAUACAGGUACAGGUGGAUCUACUGCAAGCAGCGAUUCUAAUAGCUACGCCAACAGUAAUGCCGAAACUGGAAAUAAUGGCGGCAACGCGGGAAGCAGCUCAGGAAGUAACUCAUCUGGCUCCGCAAUCAAUAAAAAUGGUCCAACGAAAGCUAGUAGCGGUUCAGGCAGCAACUCUAAUUCUUUUGUGAGCAGCAACAAAGGUGGUAAUACUGCAGGCAGCUCCUCUGGUGGCUACUCUGGAAGUACUGCUAAUACAGGUACAGGUGGAUCUACUGCAAGCAGCGAUUCUAAUAGCUACUCCAACAGUAAUGCCGAAACUGGAAAUAAUGGCGGCAACGCGGGAAGCAGCUCAGGAAGUAACUCAUCUGGCUCCGCAAUCAAUAAAAAUGGUCCAACGAAAGCUAGUAGCGGUUCAGGCAGCAACUCUAAUUCUUUUGUGAGCAGCAACAAAGGUGGUAAUACUGCAGGCAGCUCCUCUGGUGGCUACUAUGGAAGUACUGCUAAUACAGGUACAGGUGGAUCUACUGCAAGUAGCGAUUCUAAUAGCUACGCCAACAGUAAUGCCGAAACUGGAAAUAAUGGCGGCAACGCGGGAAGCAGCUCAGGAAGUAACUCAUCUGGCUCCGCAAUCACUCAAAAUGGACCUACGAAAGCUAGUAGCAGUUCAGGCAGCAACUCUAAUUCUUUUGUGAGCAGCAACAAAGGUGGUAAUACUGCAGGCAGCUCCUCUGGUGGCUACUCUGGAAGUACUGCUAAUACAGGUACAGGUGGAUCUACUGCAAGCAGCGAUUCUAAUAGCUACGCCAACAGUAAUGCCGAAACUGGAAAUAAUGGCGGCAACGCGGGAAGCAGCUCAGGAAGUAACUCAUCUGGCUCCGCAAUCAAUAAAAAUGGUCCAACGAAAGCUAGUAGCGGUUCAGGCAGCAACUCUAAUUCUUUUGUGAGCAGCAACAAAGGUGGUAAUACUGCAGGCAGCUCCUCUGGUGGCUACUCUGGAAGUACUGCUAAUACAGGUACAGGUGGAUCUACUGCAAGCAGCGAUUCUAAUAGCUACUCCAACAGUAAUGCCGAAACUGGAAAUAAUGGCGGCAACGCGGGAAGCAGCUCAGGAAGUAACUCAUCUGGCUCCGCAAUCAAUAAAAAUGGUCCAACGAAAGCUAGUAGCGGUUCAGGCAGCAACUCUAAUUCUUUUGUGAGCAGCAACAAAGGUGGUAAUACUGCAGGCAGCUCCUCUGGUGGCUACUAUGGAAGUACUGCUAAUACAGGUACAGGUGGAUCUACUGCAAGUAGCGAUUCUAAUAGCUACGCCAACAGUAAUGCCGAAACUGGAAAUAAUGGCGGCAACGCGGGAAGCAGCUCAGGAAGUAACUCAUCUGGCUCCGCAAUCACUCAAAAUGGACCUACGAAAGCUAGUAGCAGUUCAGGCAGCAACUCUAAUUCUUUUGUGAGCAGCAACAAAGGUGGUAAUACUGCAGGCAGCUCCUCUGGUGGCUACUCUGGAAGUACUGCUAAUACAGGUACAGGUGGAUCUACUGCAAGCAGCGAUUCUAAUAGCUACGCCAACAGUAAUGCCGAAACUGGAAAUAAUGGCGGCAACGCGGGAAGCAGCUCAGGAAGUAACUCAUCUGGCUCCGCAAUCAAUAAAAAUGGUCCAACGAAAGCUAGUAGCGGUUCAGGCAGCAACUCUAAUUCUUUUGUGAGCAGCAACAAAGGUGGUAAUACUGCAGGCAGCUCCUCUGGUGGCUACUCUGGAAGUACUGCUAAUACAGGUACAGGUGGAUCUACUGCAAGUAGCGAUUCUAAUAGCUACGCCAACAGUAAUGCCGAAACUGGAAAUAAUGGCGGCAACGCGGGAAGCAGCUCAGGAAGUAACUCAUCUGGCUCCGCAAUCAAUAAAAAUGGUCCAACGAAAGCUAGUAGCGGUUCAGGCAGCAACUCUAAUUCUUUUGUGAGCAGCAACAAAGGUGGUAAUACUGCAGGCAGCUCCUCUGGUGGCUACUCUGGAAGUACUGCUAAUACAGGUACAGGUGGAUCUACUGCAAGUAGCGAUUCUAAUAGCUACGCCAACAGUAAUGCCGAAACUGGAAAUAAUGGCGGCAACGCGGGAAGCAGCUCAGGAAGUAACUCAUCUGGCUCCGCAAUCACUCAAAAUGGACCUACGAAAGCUAGUAGCAGUUCAGGCAGCAACUCUAAUUCUUUUGUGAGCAGCAACAAAGGUGGUAAUACUGCAGGCAGCUCCUCUGGUGGCUACUCUGGAAGUACUGCUAAUACAGGUACAGGUGGAUCUACUGCAAGUAGCAAUUCUAAUAGCUACGCCAACAGUAAUGCCGAAACUGGAAAUAAUGGCGGCAACGCGGGAAGCAGCUCAGGAAGUAACUCAUCUGGCUCCGCAAUCACUCAAAAUGGACCUACGAAAGCUAGUAGCAGUUCAGGCAGCAACUCUAAUUCUUUUGUGAGCAGCAACAAAGGUGGUAAUACUGCAGGCAGCUCCUCUGGUGGCUACUCUGGAAGUACUGCUAAUACAGGUACAGGUGGAUCUACUGCAAGCAGCGAUUCUAAUAGCUACGCCAACAGUAAUGCCGAAACUGGAAAUAAUGGCGGCAACGCGGGAAGCAGCUCAGGAAGUAACUCAUCUGGCUCCGCAAUCAAUAAAAAUGGUCCAACGAAAGCUAGUAGCGGUUCAGGUAGCAACUCUAAUUCUUUUGAGAGCAGCAACAAAGGUGGUAAUACUGCAGGCAGCUCCUCUGGUGGCUACUCUGGAACUAGUAGCAGUUCAGGCAGCAACUCUAAUUCUUUUGUGAGCAGCAACAAAGGUGGUAAUACUGCAGGCAGCUCCUCUGGUGGCUACUCUGGAAGUACUGCUAAUACAGGUACAGGUGGAUCUACUGCAAGCAGCGAUUCUAAUAGCUACGCCAACAGUAAUGCCGAAACUGGAAAUAAUGGCGGCAACGCGGGAAGCAGCUCAGGAAGUAACUCAUCUGGCUCCGCAAUCAAUAAAAAUGGUCCAACGAAAGCUAGUAGCGGUUCAGGCAGCAACUCUAAUUCUUUUGUGAGCAGCAACAAAGGUGGUAAUACUGCAGGCAGCUCCUCUGGUGGCUACUCUGGAAGUACUGCUAAUACAGGUACAGGUGGAUCUACUGCAAGUAGCGAUUCUAAUAGCUACGCCAACAGUAAUGCCGAAACUGGAAAUAAUGGCGGCAACGCGGGAAGCAGCUCAGGAAGUAACUCAUCUGGCUCUGCAAUCAAUAAAAAUGGUCCAACGAAAGCUAGUAGCGGUUCAGGCAGCAACUCUUAUUCUUUUGUGAGCAGCAACAAAGGUGGUAAUACUGCAGGCAGCUCCUCUGGUGGCUACUCUGGAAGUACUGCUAAUACAGGUACAGGUGGAUCUACUGCAAAUAGCGAUUCUAAUAGCUACGCCAACAGUAAUGCCGAAACUGGAAAUAAUGGCGGCAACGCGGGAAGCAGCUCAGGAACUAGUAGCAGUUCAGGCAGCAACUCUAAUUCUUUUGUGAGCAGCAACAAAGGUGGUAAUACUGCAGGCAGCUCCUCUGGUGGCUACUCUGGAAGUACUGCUAAUACAGGUACAGGUGGAUCUACUGCAAGCAGCGAUUCUAAUAGCUACGCCAACAGUAAUGCCGAAACUGGAAAUAAUGGCGGCAACGCGGGAAGCAGCUCAGGAAGUAACUCAUCUGGCUCCGCAAUCAAUAAAAAUGGUCCAACGAAAGCUAGUAGCGGUUCAGGCAGCAACUCUAAUUCUUUUGUGAGCAGCAACAAAGGUGGUAGUACUCCAGGCAGCUCCUCUGGUGGCUACUCUGGAAGUACUGCUAAUACAGGUACAGGUGGAUCUACUGCAAGUAGCAAUUCUAAUAGCUACGCCAACAGUAAUGCCGAAACUGGAAAUAAUGGCGGCAACGCGGGAAGCAGCUCAGGAAGUAACUCAUCUGGCUCCGCAAUCACUCAAAAUGGACCUACGAAAGCUAGUAGCAGUUCAGGCAGCAACUCUAAUUCUUUUGUGAGCAGCAACAAAGGUGGUAAUACUGCAGGCAGCUCCUCUGGUGGCUACUUUGGAAGUACUGCUAAUACAGGUACAGGUGGAUCUACUGCAAGCAGCGAUUCUAAUAGCUACGCCAACAGUAAUGCCGAAACUGGAAAUAAUGGCGGCAACGCGGGAAGCAGCUCAGGAAGUAACUCAUCUGGCUCCGCAAUCAAUAAAAAUAGUCCAACGAAAGCUAGUAGCGGUUCAGGCAGCAACUCUAAUUCUUUUGUGAGCAGCAACAAAGGUGGUAAUACUGCAGGCAGCUCCUCUGGUGGCUACUCUGGAAGUACUGCUAAUACAGCUAGUAGCAGUUCAGGCAGCAACUCUAAUUCUUUUGUGAGCAGCAACAAAGGUGGUAAUACUGCAGGCAGCUCCUCUAGUGGCUACUCUGGAAGUACUGCUAAUACAGCUAGUAGCAGUUCAGGCAGCAACUCUAAUUCUUUUGUGAGCAGCAACAAAGGUGGUAAUACUGCAGGCAGCUCUUCUGGUGGCUACUCUGGAAGUACUGCUAAUACAGGUACAGGUGGAUCUACUGCAAGUAGCGAUUCUAAUAGCUACGCCAACAGUAAUGCCGAAACUGGAAAUAAUGGCGGCAACGCGGGAAGCAGCUCAGGAAGUAACUCAUCUGGCUCCGCAAUCACUCAAAAUGGUCCAACGAAAGCUAGUAGCGGUUCAGGCAGCAACUCUAAUUCUUUUGUGAGCAGCAACAAAGGUGGUAAUACUGCAGAGAGCUCCUCUGGUGGCUACUCUGGAAGUACUGCUAAUACAGGUACAGGUGGAUCUACUGCAAGUAGCGAUUCUAAUAGCUACGCCAACAGUAAUGCCGAAACUGGAAAUAAUGGCGGCAACGCGGGAAGCAGCUCAGGAAGUAACUCAUCUGGCUCCGCAAUCACUCAAAAUGGUCCAACGAAAGCUAGUAGCAGUUCAGGCAGCAACUCUAAUUCUUUUGUGAGCAGCAACAAAGGUGGUAAUACUGCAGGCAGCUCCUCUGGUGGCUACUUUGGAAGUACUGCUAAUACAGGUACAGGUGGAUCUACUGCAAGCAGCGAUUCUAAUAGCUACGCCAACAGUAAUGCCGAAACUGGAAAUAAUGGCGGCAACGCGGGAAGCAGCUCAGGAAGUAAUUCAUCUGGCUCCGCAAUCAAUAAAAAUAGUCCAACGAAAGCUAGUAGCGGUUCAGGCAGCAACUCUAAUUCUUUUGUGAGCAGCAACAAAGGUGGUAAUACUGCAGGCAGCUCCUCUGGUGGCUACUCUGGAAGUACUGCUAAUACAGGUACAGGUGGAUCUACUGCAAGCAGCGAUUCUAAUAGCUACGCCAACAGUAAUGCCGAAACUGGAAAUAAUGGCGGCAACGCGGGAAGCAGCUCAGGAAGUAACUCAUCUGGCUCCGCAAUCACUCAAAAUGGACCUACGAAAGCUAGUAGCAGUUCAGGCAGCAACUCUAAUUCUUUUGUGAGCAGCAACAAAGGUGGUAAUACUGCAGGCAGCUCUUCUGGUGGCUACUCUGGAAGUACUGCUAAUACAGCUAGUAGCAGUUCAGGCAGCAACUCUAAUUCUUUUGUGAGCAGCAACAAAGGUGGUAAUACUGCAGGCAGCUCCUCUGGUGGCUACUCUGGAAGUACUGCUAAUACAGGUACAGGUGGAUCUACUGCAAGUAGCGAUUCUAAUAGCUACGCCAACAGUAAUGCCGAAACUGGAAAUAAUGGCGGCAACGCGGGAAGCAGCUCAGGAAGUAACUCAUUUGGCUCCGCAAUCACUCAAAAUGGACCUACGAAAGCUAGUAGUAGUUCAGGCAGCAACUCUAAUUCUUUUGUGAGCAGCAACAAAGGUGGUAAUACUGCAGGCAGCUCCUCUGGUGGCUACUCUGGAAGUACUGCUAAUACAGGUACAGGUGGAUCUACUGCAAGCAGCGAUUCUAAUAGCUACGCCAACAGUAAUGUCGAAACUGGAAAUAAUGGCGGCAACGCGGGAAGCAGCUCAGGAAGUAACUCAUCUGGCUCCGCAAUCACUCAAAAUGGACCUACGAAAGCUAGUAGCAGUUCAGGCAGCAACUCUAAUUCUUUUGUGAGCAGCAACAAAGGUGGUAAUACUGCAGGCAGCUCCUCUGGUGGCUACUCUGGAAGUACUGCUAAUACAGGUACAGGUGGAUCUACUGCAAGCAGCGAUUCUAAUAGCUACGCCAACAGUAAUGUCGAAACUGGAAAUAAUGGCGGCAACGCGGGAAGCAGCUCAGGAAGUAACUCAUCUGGCUCCGCAAUCACUCAAAAUGGACCUACGAAAGCUAGUAGCAGUUCAGGCAGCAACUCUAAUUCUUUUGUGAGCAGCAACAAAGGUGGUAAUACUGCAGGCAGCUCCUCUGGUGGCUACUCUGGAAGUACUGCUAAUACAGGUACAGGUGGAUCUACUGCAAGUAGCGAUUCUAAUAGCUACGCCAACAGUAAUGCCGAAACUGGAAAUAAUGGCGGCAACGCGGGAAGCAGCUCAGGAAGUAACUCAUCUGGCUCCGCAAUCAAUAAAAAUGGUCCAACGAAAGCUAGUAGCGGUUCAGGCAGCAACUCUAAUUCUUUUGUGAGCAGCAACAAAGGUGGUAAUACUGCAGGCAGCUCCUCUGGUGGCUACUCUGGAAGUACUGCUAAUACAGGUACAGGUGGAUCUACUGCAAGUAGCGAUUCUAAUAGCUACGCCAACAGUAAUGCCGAAACUGGAAAUAAUGGCGGCAACGCGGGAAGCAGCUCAGGAAGUAACUCAUCUGGCUCCGCAAUCACUCAAAAUGGUCCAACGAAAGCUAGUAGCAGUUCAGGCAGCAACUCUAAUUCUUUUGUGAGCAGCAACAAAGGUGGUAAUACUGCAGGCAGCUCCUCUGGUGGCUACUCUGGAAGUACUGCUAAUACAGGUACAGGUGGAUCUACUGCAAGCAGCGAUUCUAAUAGCUACGCCAACAGUAAUGCCGAAACUGGAAAUAAUGGCGGCAACGCGGGAUGCAGCUCAGGAAGUAACUCAUCUGGCUCCGCAAUCACUCAAAAUGGACCUACGAAAGCUAGUAGCAGUUCAGGCAGCAACUCUAAUUCUUUUGUGAGCAGCAACAAAGGUGGUAAUACUGCAGGCAGCUCUUCUGGUGGCUACUCUGGAAGUACUGCUAAUACAGGUACAGGUGGAUCUACUGCAAGUAGCGAAUCUAAUAGCUACGCCAACAGUAAUGCCGAAACUGGAAAUAAUGGCGGCAACGCGGGAAGCAGCUCAGGAAGUAACUCAUCUGGCUCCGCAAUCACUCAAAAUGGACCUACGAAAGCUAGUAGCAGUUCAGGCAGCAACUCUAAUUCUUUUGUGAGCAGCAACAAAGGUGGUAAUACUGCAGGCAGCUCCUCUGGUGGCUACUCUGGAAGUACUGCUAAUACAGGUACAGGUGGAUCUACUGCAAGUAGCGAUUCUAAUAGCUACGCCAACAGUAAUGCCGAAACUGGAAAUAAUGGCGGCAACGCGGGAAGCAGCUCAGGAAGUAACUCAUUUGGCUCCGCAAUCACUCAAAAUGGACCUACGAAAGCUAGUAGCAGUUCAGGCAGCAACUCUAAUUCUUUUGUGAGCAGCAACAAAGGUGGUAAUACUGCAGGCAGCUCCUCUGGUGGCUACUCUGGAAGUACUGCUAAUACAGGUACAGGUGGAUCUACUGCAAGUAGCGAUUCUAAUAGCUACGCCAACAGUAAUGCCGAAACUGGAAAUAAUGGCGGCAACGCGGGAAGCAGCUCAGGAAGUAACUCAUCUGGCUCCGCAAUCACUCAAAAUGGACCUACGAAAGCUAGUAGCAGUUCAGGCAGCAACUCUAAUUCUUUUGUGAGCAGCAACAAAGGUGGUAAUACUGCAGGCAGCUCCUCUGGUGGCUACUCUGGAAGUACUGCUAAUACAGGUACAGGUGGAUCUACUGCAAGUAGCGAUUCUAAUAGCUACGCCAACAGUAAUGCCGAAACUGGAAAUAAUGGCGGCAACGCGGGAAGCAGCUCAGGAAGUAACUCAUUUGGCUCCGCAAUCACUCAAAAUGGACCUACGAAAGCUAGUAGCAGUUCAGGCAGCAACUCUAAUUCUUUUGUGAGCAGCAACAAAGGUGGUAAUACUGCAGGCAGCUCCUCUGGUGGCUACUCUGGAAGUACUGCUAAUACAGGUACAGGUGGAUCUACUGCAAGUAGCGAUUCUAAUAGCUACGCCAACAGUAAUGCCGAAACUGGAAAUAAUGGCGGCAACGCGGGAAGCAGCUCAGGAAGUAACUCAUCUGGCUCCGCAAUCACUCAAAAUGGACCUACGAAAGCUAGUAGCAGUUCAGGCAGCAACUCUAAUUCUUUUGUGAGCAGCAACAAAGGUGGUAAUACUGCAGGCAGCUCCUCUGGUGGCUACUCUGGAAGUACUGCUAAUACAGGUACAGGUGGAUCUACUGCAAGUAGCGAUUCUAAUAGCUACGCCAACAGUAAUGCCGAAACUGGAAAUAAUGGCGGCAACGCGGGAAGCAGCUCAGGAAGUAACUCAUUUGGCUCCGCAAUCACUCAAAAUGGACCUACGAAAGCUAGUAGCAGUUCAGGCAGCAACUCUAAUUCUUUUGUGAGCAGCAACAAAGGUGGUAAUACUGCAGGCAGCUCCUCUGGUGGCUACUCUGGAAGUACUGCUAAUACAGGUACAGGUGGAUCUACUGCAAGUAACGAUUCUAAUAGCUACGCCAACAGUAAUGCCGAAACUGGAAAUAAUGGCGGCAACGCGGGAAGCAGCUCAGGAAGUAACUCAUUUGGCUCCGCAAUCACUCAAAAUGGACCUACGAAAGCUAGUAGCAGUUCAGGCAGCAACUCUAAUUCUUUUGUGAGCAGCAACAAAGGUGGUAAUACUGCAGGCAGCUCCUCUGGUGGCUACUCUGGAAGUACUGCUAAUACAGGUACAGGUGGAUCUACUGCAAGUAGCGAUUCUAAUAGCUACGCCAACAGUAAUGCCGAAACUGGAAAUAAUGGCGGCAACGCGGGAAGCAGCUCAGGAAGUAACUCAUUUGGCUCCGCAAUCACUCAAAAUGGACCUACGAAAGCUAGUAGCAGUUCAGGCAGCAACUCUAAUUCUUUUGUGAGCAGCAACAAAGGUGGUAAUACUGCAGGCAGCUCCUCUGGUGGCUACUCUGGAAGUACUGCUAAUACAGGUACAGGUGGAUCUACUGCAAGCAGCGAUUCUAAUAGCUACGCCAACAGUAAUGUCGAAACUGGAAAUAAUGACAGCAAUGCGGGAAGCAGCUCAGGAAGUGGCUCAUCUGGAUUCGCAGGCACUGAAAAUGGAAGUACGAAAGCUAGUAGUAUUAAUACUAGUAAUUAUGCAGCUAGCAAUUUAGCAAGUUCUAACAGUUCUUUCAGUCAGUCAAGCAACUCUGCAUAUGUUAACAAUAACAAGCAAACUAAGCGUAGAUCUAGAAGAAAGGGUCAUUGUAAACGUCAUAGAGAAUCUAGAAAUCGUCAAACUAAAGCAUUCAGCACCUCUGGUAGUAAAUCGCAAGUCCAUGCAAAGAUAAAUAAGAAAGGUACACGUAAGGGUCAAUGCUCAUAA